CCUCCCGCCAGCCACAGCUACAGUCACUGAGGCCAGGUUUGUCCUGUGCCACCAAGGCUGAAGCUUCGGAACUCCUCUGAGAUCAAGAGCUCCCCCGCUUACCACCUCUGCUGCCAGCGGGUAGGGUGAACAGGGCUGGGUGUGCACCUCGCAGCAACAAGGGAAGAGCACAGUCUGUCCUGUACAAGGUCCCAGCCUGCAUUUUUGUGCUCCUCUAACGAAGCGUGCCAGAUUGGCUGGGAGCGACUGCAAGAACUUUGAACUUGAAGAUACAUUCUUUCAGGACACGAAUUUCUCUAAAGACUCAAGAUACUGUUUUAAGGAUACUGGAUUUGGGGAUCAGUCUUUCACUUUGGAGGGGGUGUGUGUAGGUUGCCUUCUUCCUGUGUCCCCCCCAUAGCUCCAUGGCACUAUCUGGGCCCACACAGGACCAGGCCUGGAGCCUAGAUGCUCCUGCUCUCAUGGCCCCUACCUCAUCUUCUGCCUUCCAGGAGCAGGAGGGCACUGGGAGCCCAGUGGGUUCCAGCGGCCUUCCUUUGGAAAAGGUGAAGCGACCCAUGAAUGCUUUCAUGGUAUGGAGCUCCGCUCAGCGCCGCCAGAUGGCGCAACAGAACCCAAAGAUGCACAACUCUGAGAUCUCUAAGCGCCUGGGUGCACAGUGGAAGCUGCUGGGCGAGGAGGAGAAGAGGCCCUUCGUGGAGGAGGCUAAGCGGCUCCGGGCCCGGCACCUGCGAGACUAUCCUGAUUACAAGUACCGGCCCAGGCGCAAGACCAAGAACUCAGGCACUGGGCCAGCCCACUUUGGCCAGGGAAGCAGCGGUGUGGCUGGCGGCCGGGUCUGGGGGCCUGGGUACCUGACUACCCAGGGGAGCAGAGGCUUUGGGUACCAGCCCCCAAACUACCCCACAGCCUAUCUGCCUAGCAGUUACAGUUCCCGAUGUAAACCGGAGGGCCCUUCACCUUCACCAAGCUCCUUCCCUCAGAAUAACCCCAGACUUCAGGGGGAGCUGCUUCCUCCAUAUGCCACCUACUUACCCCCAAGCUCUCCCACUCCAUACAACCCACCUCUCUCAGGGGGCCCCAUGCCCCUAGCUCACCUCUAACCUCCAUGGACAAGGCCCUAAGCAAGAAGGGUUCUGACUUCUCUCCCAGAAUGCAAAUCCACUGGACCAGAGUUCAGAGGAGACCUAUGGUCCUCUCGGGGAAACAGCACAAUUUUUGUAAGAUGAACACAGUUUUGUUUUGGUUUUUAACUAGUGAA